CUUUAAAAACCAAUCCCUUUCUCCUUUACUUUCGCUGCUCCCUCAGUCCCUCGCGUGCUGAACCUCUUACAUCUGGCCUUCUCUUCACGUUUCUUCCAUUCCCCUUCUUCGUCCUCAUUCCGUUUGUCUCCGAGAGCACCCUAAAUACCCUUCUCCCCUAAGUAAACCUAUCUCUACCCGGAAAGAAGCCAUGAGGAAGGAAGUGCUUGAUUUCGUCUUGGUCCCCGUGGGCCUCACCGUUUUGGUGUCCUACCAUCUAUGGCUCCUGUAUCGUGUCAUCAAACACCCCACCACCACCGUCAUAGGAAUCAACGCCAUCAAUCGCCGCAUCUGGGUCCAUACCAUGAUGGAGGAUCCCCUCAAGAACGGAGUUCUUGCGGUGCAAACGCUAAGAAACAACAUCAUGGCGUCGACACUCCUGGCGUCGAUGGCGAUCACGCUGUGUUCGUUGAUGGCGGUGUUGAUGACGAACAGCAACGGCGGCUACCGCGGCCUCCGGGGGAAGAAUUUCGUGCUGGGCGACACGAGCGAUCUCGCGCUCUCGAUCAAAUUCUUCUCCAUUCUGAUCUGCUUCCUGCUGGCUUUCCUUCUCAACGUGCAGUCGAUUCGGUACUACAGCCAUGCCGGCCUUCUCAUCAACGUGCCGGCGAGGGGCCAGUGGGCGGCGCCGCCCCUCGCGGCGGAGUACGUCGCCGGGGCUCUGAACCGGGGGAGCUAUUUCUGGUCUCUUGGCCUCAGAGCUUUCUACUUCUCCUUCCCCAUGUUUCUCUGGAUCUUUGGGCCUGUGCCGAUGCUGGUUAGCUGCUUGGGCUUGGUCUUAAUGCUAUAUUUUCUCGACGCGUACUCGGGGUGGGGGGAGAACAGGGAGGAGGAGAGGAGGGAGGAGGGAGACGGGGUGGAACGGUGCUGAGGACAAGUGGCACGUGGAGGUGAAGAUCCGGAUUCAACGCUUGUUGAAUCUGGGGGUGUGUUUUUUUUUUGAUGAAAUUGGAGACUAACAGGCAGUUAACCCAUUAGUCACCAGCAAUCUUAUUGAGAAUCUGGGGUGUGUUAGAUUUUAAGGUAUAUGCAUCUCAUUGUUAGUUUGAUACACAUGAAGCUAGGUUGAAGUCAUGCGGUGCGUAGUCUUUCUAAGCUCGUUGUCCAACAAAAGAUGUUUCGUGUGACUAGAGUACUGCAGAAAACGUAGU